AUGGCGCCUCUGACCCCUUACACCUACAUCCGGUGCCCUUGUUCCGAGACGCGGGACCACAACGAUGGCUCAUCGACGCCUGGCAGCCCGGAAGACGAUGAGCGGACCUUCGACCCACGCGCCCCGCGUGCCAACUUCAGCCUGUACCCCCUGGAGCACCUGAUGUACUGCGAAGACUGCCACCAGAUCCGGUGCCCCCGAUGCGUCAACGAGGAGAUUGUCACCUACUACUGCCCCAACUGCCUGUUUGAGGUACCUAGUAGCAACCUCAAAAGCGAGGGGAACAGAUGCACUCGAAGCUGCUUCCAAUGCCCCGUUUGCGUUGGGCCCCUCGCGGUUACGAGCAUCGAGGCGCCCCCGGAAAGCAGCAACCUCCUGACUGCCGACGGUUCGGCCCCUCAAGGCGGCCCGUAUGUCCUGGCCUGCUCCUAUUGCACCUGGAGCUCGACCGAGAUCGGCAUCAAGUUCGACCGGCCCAAUGGCAUCCACGGCCAGCUUGCCAAGCUGCAGAACGGAGGCCAGCCCAAGCUGACGCCAAAGGAGCACAAGGAGAGGAAGAAGGAGAGCGGCGGCGACUACACGCUGGACCCGGACAACAUGGACACGGAUCUGCAAUUCGCGCAGCUCAAGUCCUUCUACCAGAGCCAGAUGGCCAGCACCAAUCCGUCCGCCGGCGGCCUGUCGUCUCUGGGCGACCUCGGCCUCAACUCGCCCGGCUCACUGUCCCGCAUCAUGAGUCUCUACACGGGCAACAACUUUGGCAACAAACAGGCGCGUGGCAAAGUGCAAACUAUGAGGGAGGCCGACAGCCCGGACGAGGGGUUGAAGACGACCGACUUAGACGAGUCAGACGCCAUUGCGAAGCUCGGCCACAGCCACUUUGACGAUACAGCCACUCUCGCCCAGAAUAUACACCAACAGGAACCUGUGCGGUUCAGAGAUCAGCUGCGGCCCAUUCCUUAUCUGCUGCGGACGAAGCGGUCCAAGAGAUGCCCCCUGUGUCGGCACAUCAUCAGCAAGCCGGAAGCCAAGAUCUCCAACACGCGAUUCCGCAUUCGUCUGGUGGCCGGGAGCUACAUCCCCACCAUCACCAUCCGGCCGCUGAACUCAGAAGUGCAGAACAUCCCGUCCACUGCGCGGCCGCCGAUACCACAGGAGCUGUGGCUCACGCCGCUGAAGCCCGUGCAGUACCUCCUAACCUUCAAGAACCCCAUUUUCGAGACUGUCAAGGUGUCACUGGCCACCCCGUCGAGCACGCCGGGCCGCUUUGCCAGUUCGGUGACGGUGCUGUGCCCGCAGUUCGAGAUCGAUGCCAACACGGACAUGUGGGAUGACGCGCUCAAGGACGACGGCGAGAAGGAGCGACGGCGGGGCGAGGAGGGCGGGAUGCAGCAGGCCGAGGUCGGCAAGAUUUACGAGCGCGGCCGCAACUGGGUGAGCAUCGUGCUCGAGGUCGUGCCGGCGUCCCUGCGGCUGGAGCGGGACAAUGACAGUGGCGGCGGCGGCGGCGACGACGACGCGCUGAGGGAGGACGAGGAGGUGUUGGAGAUACCGAUGUUUGUACGGGUCGAGUGGGAGACGGAGGCUCAGGGUGAUGUGGGCACGACGGCAGGCAAGGACAAGGAGGCCAGAGAGAAGAGGGAGCUGGCAUACUGGUGUGUGCUGGGUGUGGGCCGCAUCAACCAGGAUUAG